AUGUCUAUCGAUAUUUUAUCUAACAUGCAUAACCAAGAACUAUCUCAACUGUCAUCACCACCCAAAAUAAACAACACAAAAACUUUUGCCGAAACAACAGCCAACACAACGUUUCCUAAGAAAGAUCAAGCCAUUAUAUUAAAUACGAUAAACGAAAUACCACAAAUAGAAUAUGUUAAAGCAUUUAGCAAAAUAACACUGCCUAAAAACAUCAUAUUUGCGUCCCGUAUUUCGAACAACAGAUUUUGUAUAUAUUUUAGAGACAAAAUAACUGUUGACGAACUGACACAAAACUAUUCGUAUAUAACCGUUAAUGAAAAUCAAAUACCAUUUCGUCGUCUAGUAAACCCUGCCAAGAGAUUUAUAAUUUCUAACGCUCACCCGAUAAUACCUCAUGAAGUAAUUACCGAACACUUAUUAUUAGAAAACAUAAAGACAUUAUCUCCAAUAACCUUCCUCAAAGCUGGUUUUCAAGAUGAGCUCGCUCACAUCAGUAGUUUUAGGAGACAGGUAUAUAUUCACCCCGACGACACAGCAAAUGUACCCGGAUCGAUAAUAAUCAAAUAUGACAAUACAGACUUCAGAAUUUUUCUAACGGACGACACUCUUAUUUGCUACGCAUGUAAACAAAGCGGCCACACAUCUAAUCACUGCAAAAAAGAACCAAAUACCAUGACCAAUAAUAAAUAUACUACACAAAAACCAACAAUAGAUGAUGCCCACACCACGUCCUCAUAUCCCACACAUGAGGAAGACAUAACAGAAGUAAACACUAUUGCCAUACCUAAAAACAGUCAAAACUCAAAUAUAUUAAGCCUAACAAUGACCAACACAACUUUACCCAAUAAACAAAUCAAAAGAUCUCUACCAACAUCAAGUUGCCCUACAUCUCCAACAAUUUCUGAAAAAUCAAACACACAGCCAAACAUUGAGAAACCUAAACAGACCAAAAACCUUGAAUAUAAGUUAUUAGAAUCAAAAAAAAACAAGAAAACACCUCAAGAUCAAAUUAAAAAACUAAAAAAAAGCAAUUCGCUCGAAAAUAUUGCUACAAAUGAUGAGGACCACCUAAAAUCUGCACAUGACCUAUUUUUCGAAAACGAAGAAAUCAAUAUCUCUUUUUACCAAUUCAAAUACAUAAUUGAAAAUUUCUCCAAUAAAUCAAUUAACAUACAUUCUCUCUGUGAAGAAGCAAAAGUUGACAUACCUUCAAUGUUAAAAACCAUCGAAAUAGUCAGACCUAAGAUAAACGACCGAGCAACAAAAACCAAACUCACCAAAUUAGCAAAUCUACUAUUCCAAGCAACUCCACAAGAGUUAUACUCGUAA